GGGGGAGGCCGUUCUUUUCCUCAAACCAAAGGCGUAAGUUAUUGAACAGAAGAAGGCCGGGGGUGCCAUUUUGCCUCAUUGCGAUCUAUGCCCACAUGACGAACACGGCCAACAGCAGCGAUAUGACAUCCACCAAAUCCGUCUACCUCGAGCGCCUCGCGCGUUUCGCCGCGACGCAAGACCUCUCCCAGGACAAGCGCUCUUACGUCCGAGACUUCAGUAUCGCCUGCACUGCGUUGGCAGCAGUGUUUGUCGCUCUGCGGUUCCUGGCGAGAUAUCGACAACGAGCUCGCCUUGGUGCCGAUGACUGGCUGGCAUUAAUGGCUUUCGUUCUGCUUGGGGGGAAUCUCGCCAUAAACCUCGUCAUGGUUGGUCAGGGUCUAGGGUUACAUGCCGGCGUCUUGACACUCGAGGAGCGGCAGACUCUGGACAAGACGAUGGUAGCAGCGGAGAUCCUGUAUGUUACGGCCGUCAACGUGUACAAGCUCUCCCUGCUGUUCCUAUACAUCCGUAUCUUCCCAAUCCACAGCGUACACCUAGGGGGAUACAUCUGCGGCGGUCUCUCGACAGCAUGGAACCUGACUUGCGCCUUCACCGCGGCCUUUCAGUGUUCACCCCGCGAGAAGCUAUGGGAACCAUGGCUGGAAGGGAGGUGCAUAAACCUGUUCCUAGCGCAUCUAUGCAUUGCCGUCCCAAGCAUCCUGUUGGACAUUGCUAUCCUGGCCUUGCCCUUUCCGCACGUCCUACCGUUAAACACCACGGUAGGACAGAAGAUAAUGCUCAUGUUUGUCUUCUUAUUGGGUAGUUACGUGGUGUUUACAAGCAUCUACCGUCUCAGGGUAUUCCUUCUGUACAGUUCUGAUGACAUCUCUUAUACACUUGCAAGCGGCUGUGCGUGGAACGUAAUCGAAAUCAGCGCCGGCGCCAUUGCUGCAUGUGUGCCAACUUUGGUCCCACUUGUCCGCGAACUCGUCACCUUGUUCACAUCCGUGUCCUCAUCUUUCACAGGGUCAUCGAUUAUGACCGUCAGGGACAGCGGGGGUAACGCCACGACGCCGCUGGGCAGGCAGAAGCAGCCGCAAGUCAGCAGUAUAUCGCGUGAGGCGGCCAGAUACGGUAUCACGGAUGUUGAAACCCCUCUGGAGGAUCCCAGUCCCCAGGCUGGGUGGCGAUCAACUCAACCCAAAUUUCGAGGUGGACCACCUCGUUGAUGUCAAUCCACUCAACCUCAACUCAACGGCGCCCUGACUGAUUAACAAUCAAAGCACCAAUGUAAAGUGUAGCUAGAGGUACUCUGAAACUCACCUUAACGCGUCAAGGGAACGCGACGAUUGGGCCAUGGCGGGCUCUUUCCGC